CCUCCUGCACCUCCUGUGGGAGUUUCUGCUCUCCGGAAUGGUCAGUUCCAGCCCAACCUCAGAGAAGCUUUUUGGGGAGAUCACAUCCCCCCGUUACCCCAAGCCGUACCCCAACAACAACAUCAGCACCUGGGACAUCACCGUCCCCAAGGGCUUUGUGGUGAAGCUGAACUUCGGGCUCUUUGACCUGGAGCCCUCUGAGUCCUGCCUCUAUGACUACGUGAAGAUCACAGCAGAUAAGAAAGACCUGGGCCGGUACUGUGGCCGGCAAGCCUCAGCCACAGGCAACCACCCGGGAGCCAGGGAGUUUGUGUCCAAAGGGAACCGCAUGAGGCUGAAGUUCCACUCGGACUUCUCCAAUGAGGAGAACGGCACCGUUAUCCCCUAUAAGGGCUUCCUGGCCUAUUACCAAGCUGUGGACCUGGAUGAGUGUGCCUCUGGCAAUGCUAUUGAGGAAGAUGAGGGGCCUGUGUGCCAGCAUCUCUGUCACAACUACGUGGGUGGCUACCUCUGCUCCUGCCGCCCCGGUUACCAGCUGCAGAGCGACCACCACUCCUGCCGAGUGGAGUGCAGCAGUGAGCUGUUCACCGAGGCCUUUGGGUACCUGUCGAGCCCAGAAUACCCUCUGCCCUACCCCACGCAGCUGCGCUGCAACUACAGCAUCCGUCUGGAAAGGGGGCUGGUCAUCACUCUCAAGUUCCUGGAGCCCUUCGAUAUUGAUGAGCACCAGCAAGUGCACUGUCCCUAUGACCAGCUCAAGAUCCAGGCCAAAGGGAGGGAGAUCGGUGAGUUCUGUGGCAAGGUGUCUCCUGGCAUCAUUGAAACCAACAGCAAUGAAGUGGAUGUGCUGUUCUUCUCAGAUGAGUCAGGGUUCAGCCGCGGGUGGAAGAUCCGCUACAGCUCGGAGAGAAUCCGGUGCCCCAGGCCUGUGCCACGGGACCGGUUCACCCUCAUCAAAGACCUGCAGCCCCUGUACCAUUUUCGUGACUACUUCAUCGUCAGCUGCCAGACUGGGUACAGCCUGAUGGAGGAUGACCAGAAACUGCCAUCCUUCACUGCUGUCUGCCAGGACGAUGGGACUUGGCAUCGACCCAUGCCCUGGUGUAAAAUUGUGAAUUGUGGUGACCCCAAAAAUCUGACCAACGGGGCCUUCCAUUAUGUCAGGGAACCAGGGAAGAACGACUACCAGGCAGAGGUCACCUACCAGUGCAACCAGCCUUAUUACCGCAUGGUCACCCACAGAGGGAACGGUACAUACACCUGCUCCGCUCAGGGCUCCUGGGUGGACCAAGGCGGCCAGGAGGAAAUCCCAGUGUGUUUGCCAGUGUGUGGGAAGCCAGACAAUCCCAUCGUGAGAAUCCAGCGGAUCAUCGGUGGCAGCACCGCACCGCCAGGCAGCUUCCCAUGGCAGGGGGAGGGGGGCAUCAGUGGGCUUGGGGGUGGGGCGCUGCUGGGUGACCGCUGGAUCCUGACAGCAGCUCACAACAUCCUCCCCAAACAAGUCAGCCCAGAGGAAAGGAGGAGCCUUGAGAAGGUGACUGAGGACGCCGAAGUGUUCCUUGGCCACACAAAGGUGGAUGAAAUCCGCAAGCUGGGUAACCGGCCCAUCCGCAAGGUGUUUGUGCAUCCCACCUACAACCCUGAUGAUGAGAACAACUUCGAUGGGGACAUUGCACUGAUCGAGCUAAAGGAUCCAGUGACUCUGGGCCCCAACCUGCUGCCUGUCUGCCUCCCAGAUGUUAGCAACAGCACCUUCUACUCCAGCGGAUACAUGGGCUACGUGAGCGGCUUUGGGGUGGAGAAAAACAUUCUCGCAAAUCAGCUGAAAUACGUCUCACUGCCAAUGGGUAGCCCGAAAGCCUGUGCAGAAUGGCUGCAGGGAAAGGAUGUAAAAAAGCCCAUGGUGUUCUCUGAGAACAUGUUCUGUGCUGGCUCUCCCACUGUGAGGAAAGACACUUGCCAGGGGGAUAGUGGGAGCGUCUUCACUGUGCUGGAUCCAGAGAGUGAGCGCUGGAUAGCCACUGGGAUCGUCUCCUGGGGCCUGGUCUGUGGCAAGAGCUAUGGCUUCUACACCAAGGUCAUCAACUACCUGGACUGGAUCAAAGGGAUAAUAGAGGAGAGGCGCUGAAUGUCACUAUCCUAUUGGCUGAAGGCUUAGUGAUGUCAUAUAGGUAUCCAAACACCAAUAUAGCAUUGGCUGAAAAAUUGUGAUGUCAUAAAGGCUUCUCAAAA